AAUAACUAGUAUGAGUUAUGAGUGAAGACCGGUAGAUGAGCGUAGUGGAGGUGUAUGGGGUAAGAUGAGUGUAGUGUGAGGAGGAGGAGGGUUGAGACACGGUGUUUACACCUGCACCACCGCCAGCUGGACACACUCCUCAGCCCUCGGCCACAACAACGACACACUCCUCACACACUACACACAUUCGAGUGCCUUCACACCUCGCAAUAUCUUAGGCAGCCCACGAGUGUACCAGAGGAUCAGAAAGACUGCUGAACUAGGAGAUGGAUGCAGAAUCUCGGUGAAAAACCCAAGUGUGUGCACAACAACUCUAUACAUGAUACCAUUAGUCAUCGCCAGGUUGAUGGGACAAUGCGUAAAUAUCAGCAGCUUGCUCUUACCAUUGUAGCCAUUGUCAGUCUUGUUGCCUUUUUGUUUUAUAAACAUGAAUAUGAAAGAUUAAGGUACACACUUGAAUAUCUUGACACGUUUGGGGAAGCCCCAUCUAAAGGGGAAGUUGUUAGACCACAAUGUGGAUACAAUACUCAUCACAAGAUAUCUACACCACCCACAGACUGGGUGCAGGUGACAUCUGAUCUUGAAGUCUACUCUUCAUUUUGGGAUGACCAAAAUGGUAUUGGUGAACCUCAGAUUAGAACUAUAGCAGCUGUACGCAAAAGUAUUGAAGCUCCCUCAGACCUCGGCAGCUUGAUUUGGUUUGAGUCAGAAGGAACACCUGUCCCUGGAACUUGCAGUGUUGAAUUUGCAUCAGAGAGAGUCCAUGGACAGAACACACUUGAAGAAGAUAUAGGUGUUCUCUAUAUUUUAUGCACUGCUGAUGAUAAAAAGCUAAUGCUUAGCAAAACACCAUACAUGAUACAAUUUAAGGUAGGCUCUGCAGAACCAUCACAACCUGUCUUUAUACAUGAGAGUGAGAGCUUGAAGAGCAUCAUCAACAAGUCUGCAAUUUGUAUUCUGCCUGCUGAGAGCCCUGUUGCUACUCUAAAAGUUAUUGAAUUUAUCUCAUUUUAUAACAUUAUUGGGGUAGAUAAAUUUUCAAUAUAUGGGCCUGUCCUUACACCCUUGGCUAGAAAGCUACUGGAUAAGUACAGUGAUGAGGUAGGUAUUGAAUAUGAAGAAAAGCUCUUUAGUUCCUCACAAAAUUUUAAGCUUACUCAGCCUGUGGUAAAGAGAAUUAUUGAACUUGACUGUAUUUACCGCCAUAGGGACACUCAGGAAAAUGUUUUGAUACUUGAUUUAAACCAUUAUGUUAUGCUUGAGCUCAAAGCCACUCUGCAAGAAACCCUUCUGGCCCUAAGGGGUGGCAACCAUCAUCAUCGGGAUGUGGCAGAAUUUCACCUGACCACCCAGAAGGUGUGUUUAGAUAAGCAGCACAUGAAGAAAGGUACCUUACUUUUAUCACAGCAAGUACGAACAGUGGGACGCAUGAAGGAAAUGGGAGUAGCAAUCUUACGGCCUCACUUUUUAACAGCAUCAUCAGUUGGUGGUGCGGGUGGUGGUCCUCCAGUCAGUCAACAUAUUUCUGCUGCUACAGUAGUAGUUCAUAAUUACUCUGUUUGCUCCUCUACGGAUAAUCAUGAUGACAGACUCCAUCUUCCUACAUACAAAAAAUUUGUGGAUAAAUUAGAAAAAUCCCUCUUGUACAGGAAGUGGAUAAUUAACCACUAAUUACUAUACUGCAUUGCAUUCUGUGAUAAAUCAGAAACAAAGGUUUUAAUGUGAGUUAAUUUAUUGUUAAGCCAAACAUAGCUAGUGAUUUCAAAAAUAUAUAUUCUUGUCAACAGUUUGGACAAUUUUAAUGUACAGGAAUACUGUACAGUACUCAAACUGUUUUUCCAGUACCCUGUAUGUGUAAGCCUAAGUUAAUGUAAUGUAUAAUAUUGGCUGGUGGAUUUUGUAUCUCAUUGUUUAUUUACAGUAGUUUUACAGAUAAUACUUAAGUAUUGAAUUGCCUUUCAGAAUUGCUUUACUUAUAAUGAAUAUGGUUUUCCCCAUAUUUAAAUUUUAUGACUAUAGCUUUAUUGUAUGGCUGCCAGACAUAACUUUCAUUUAUACUGGAACACAUAUUUUAUAUGCUGUAUGUAAAUGGUUCUCUGUAUGCUUGGUAAGCUGGAAGAGUAUAAAUUAAUAUAGCUUGUGUCUGUAUUACGAGACGAGCAAAAUGCUUGCUUUUUAUAUAAAGCUCAUCGUAAUCACAACUUUUUUGAGGAACUUUUUGUAAAUAAAGUUAAGAAUGCUUUC